GUUGGAUGGACCAGAAGUAGGUCCACACUGUGUUGGCGGCGGUCUGGCGUGGGUUGGGUGUUCUGUUGCUAUAAGGAAACUGAUCAAGGAGUUACUUAACUUGUUGAGGCUGUUCAGGAAGUAUCAGAGUUGGCAGAAUUCGAACCCAGGCCUCUGGCUCCACAGGGCAGCCUCCCAAACCAGGUCAUGCUGUUUUGACUUAAGGUAGCAGAGGUGGGCCUGGAACUCAGCCCCAGGGGCACCUGACAGCCCAGGAGUCAGCAACAUCCGCUGUGGGAAGCCAGACGAUACGUCUGGGAUGGAGGAGACCAAGGACCUGGCGCAGCUGCGGCAGCUCAACCUGGAGCUCCUGAGGCAGCUGUGGGUUGGGCAGGAUGCCGUGCAACGAUCUGUGGCCAAGGCAGCUGCAGAGUCAAGCCAGGGCUCCAGCAGCAGCUACAAGUCAGAGGUGCCAUCAUCGCAAGAGAAAUUCUCAAUGGCCGCGAGAGCCUCCUGCCCACGGGAUGCCAGCCAACGUGACCCCUGCAAUAUGUCUUUUCCUGGCGGGGCCAGCUCGGGGGUGACCUCUCUCCCACCUCCUAAAUGCCAACACCAGGAGUCCUUGAGCCCGCUGAGGCCCUGCUCGGCACCAUCGGAGACCACCUCGGACUCCAGUGGCCCAGAGCGUUCAGCAGAGCUGGAGGCUCCGAUCUCGUGGUCCAUCCCGGAUCAGCAAAGCAAGCUGCCCAAGCUAAGAGUGACCUUCAACGAGGAGUCUCCAGUGCCCGAGAAGAGCUGGCGCCUCAGACCCUACCUGGGCUACGACUGGAUUGCAGGGACUCUGGACAACAGCUCGCUCAUCAGCAGCGAGCCUGAGGACUUCUUCUCGAGGCUGCAGGAGUUCAGAGAAGCCAACAGGAAGGAGUGCAUUCACAGUGACCCCGAUGUGGAGCUCCUGGGCCUGUGGGAGAGCGCCGUUGCCGAGGAAGACCACCAAUGUGUGUACUGUUACCGUGUCAACCGGCGCCUAUUUCUGGUGCCUUGGGACCCCGGCACCCCCUGCCGUCUGUGCAGGACGCCACGGGACCAGCAGGGCCCUGAGACCCUGGCGGAUCCAGCGCAGGUCAGGGUGAGCAUCCCAGUGUCCAUCCUGGACCCCCCGCACCAGUACCGCAUCCACCGGCGGAAGAGCCUUGAUGCCUGCGACUCACUGGCCCUGCCCGGGCACUGUCUGCUGGGCUGGGACAUUCUCCCUCCAAAAUCUGAGAGAAGCUCAGCCCUCAAGAGCCUGGACCUCUGGUCCUGCGUUGCCUCCAAGGCCCAGCACCAGAAGCUGUCGGCGGACCCUCACCACCCGGCCCUGCCACUGCGGGUUCCGCCCCCCACUCUGAUCUGGUCAGAGCCCUAGGUGCCCCAGCCUUGCACCCCCCGGCUGAAGCCCUGAGAACUGGCCGCUUGGAGGAAGACAGUGCCCCUGCCAUCGCUUCUAGCCUCUCCCUUCUGCCGGGGUGCCCAUGCCGGGAGCCCCACCCACCCUCAGCUGGAGGUGGCCUUGGCCCCACCUUCCUAGGUUGGGCAGGUGGGUGUCCUUCCCAGGUUCAGAGGGGUACUGGGUGGGAGGCAAGGGCAUUGUAUGACAUGUUUGGAAAUAAAGCUCAGUGCUGUCUGCAGCUCCAGGU